AUGAACAUCUCUGAAUUUCAAGGUAGACUUUCUCUUUUCGACCAGUGCGCCUGAGGAGACUUAUUUGCAGAAGACCGCCUUACUGUUUUCUAAACGCAUAUCGAUACACACGCCCUUCAAAAGCCCCUAUUCCCGUUGUCCGGAGCACCCGAGGUGGAUGCUGAUUGCUCACUCUCCUUAGACAUUGACAGAGUUUUGCGAAAUGCAAAGCAAGCAGUCCUUUAUCUGAGCGGUGAGAACUUGUUAAGCACGGCCCACAACAGUAAUCGCACCGAACCAUCGCCUGGUCAAGACUUCAAACACUGAUAACCAGGCAGGACUUGGCUGUAGAGUUUGAAAAUUUUGGUCAAAAGCACAGAAAGAACAAAAAAUACGAUAACAGAAGGCAAGACCUAAAAUGUCGAGAGUUAGAACUCUAACCGCAACAGCUCUAGCAAAGGAAACAGAGCAAUGUCAUUCACACCAAGAAAAGACCUUAACCCUGUCCACGGCGGAGAGCAUCUCCUUGUUCGAUUGGAUGCGCAUAUUCUUGGGCCAUGUUUGCUUUUGCCUGAUUGGAUUAUCCGGAAUACUGAUUUUUCCGGCACUGGCUCUUAGUCUGCGCGUACGAGAAAUAUUUUUCGCCUUCAUCUACCUGGUGAUGCAGCGCCUCUGGUACGACGACUAUGGCUCUGUGCGGCGCGUGGUCAUGACCGGACUUGAUAAUAUUGUGUCUCAAGACGCUUCACUGAGAGCACAAGGAGCUGUGCGUGUUCUUGAAGUCGGCGCUGCUUACGGACCGAACAUGCCCUAUAUACACCGCAAGUGUGAGUACUGGAGACUGGAGCCAAACGUCAGCUUCGAUCCAGAAUUUCAGAAGAACCUGGCUGCAAACAAGAAGGUAGAGCUGGUGCGGACUAUUCGAGGGUAUGGUGAGAACAUGCACAUGCUACAGGAUGGCCACUUCGACGCUGUCAUUCUUACGUAUGUCUUGUGUACUGCGAAGGAUGGCGAGAAGCUCCUAAGCGAAAUCAAGCGCGUUCUUCGAAAGGGUGGCCGUCUGCUGUUUGCCGAGCACGUUGGACACCCGAAAGGUACCCGAGCAAGGUUCCUUCAGGACACCCUGGCACCCCUCGUCCAGUAUUUCACUGGCGGCUGCUACAUGAACCGAGACAGUGGCGUCCUUUUAGCAAAAGCCGGUUUCUCUGAGAUUAAGGUGAACGAUGUCGACAUUAACAUUCCCUGCGAGUACAGCUACCACGUCUACGGCUACGCAACUGUGUAGCCGAGUCAUACUUCAAACUCAGCUCAAUUUUGAUACCCCAGAGUCUUCCGCAAGGUAUACGUGGUGAAGCCUGUAUGGAAGCACUUCUGAAGCAAAUAAUGAACCAGUAAUAACUUUUGUGCCUCCUGGCCAUCAGUGAGGCACUGGUGUAGUGCAUCAUCUUCCUCAUUUCGCUGCAUGUGUAAAACUCUCCCUGCCGGAGAGGUGUAUAUACGGAAUAU